AUAUUAAAGUUAAUAUAACUGAUGAUAUAGUCUCAAUAGAUAAAGAAAAUUUUAAUCAAUUAAUUAAAUUAAUUAUUCAAAAAGAUUUAAAAAUAGAAACUUUAACUAAUCAAAAUAAUUUAACAAUAAUUGGCUCAAAUAAUUUAGAUCAAAAUUAUUCAUUUUCUCAACAAUUAGAAUUAUUAACAACUGUUUUAUUAAAAUAUCAACAAAAUCAUAAUGAAUAUUUAUUAGAUCCUGAACAAUUUCAACAAAUGAUUAAAUCAAAUGAACCAAAAUUAAAAGGAUUUUUUAAUAAAAUAACAAAUGUAUUAAUUCCAAAAAAAAGACUUAAUAAGAAUAUAGAAAAAGCAAAAAAACAAAUAGUUUCAUCAGGGCUAACUAAUUCUGGAAUUAAUACUUUAUCAAAUAUUGAACUUAGUGUUUAUACAAAAACACUUCAAAGAUAUAAAAAAGAAAUU